AUGACUGAAACAAUGUGGAUGCUGUCGUUGCUGCUGAUGAAAACGUUACUAUCAUGUCUCUUAUUAAGGGAGAGCCAUAUGGUUGUGGUUAGUUGUAGUUCGUCGGUUACUACGGCAAAACCAAACUAUCGCUCAGUACAACUUACACGAGAAGAACUGGCUGCUACCGUUCGCCGUAUGAAACCAUUUUGGACCAGUACGGGAUUGUGUCCACCGGAACCACAAAACGCUAGUGGAGCUUUUUGGCAAUCGAGAGACUCAUUGAUGAACCUGGAGCUGAUAGCCUCGUUGCCAAAUCGUGGUAUAAGCCAUGUGCGGAUCCAUUGGCUUCUAGAGCUUCUUGAAGUUUCCAAUGAACGGGAAGAGUUUCAUUACAACUUUACAAAAUUAGAUACGUUGUUUGAUCAUCUUCAUAAUCUUCGUCUGUAUCCCGGGUUCGAGAUAAUGGGUACUCCUAAUGGGUCAGUGCAGCAUUAUUCAUCAGCUUUUUGGGUUGAUUUGGUCCAGCAGCUUGUGAGAAGAUACGUAGACCGGUACGGUUUACGGUACGUAAAAAAGUGGAGAUUCGAAACGUGGAAUGAACCCGAUCUACGGAACUAUAAUUUGUUAAACUUCACUGUGAAUGAGUAUUUAUCCUACGUAUUUGCCAUCAGGGAAGGUUUACAUAUUGUAGCGGAAAACAUAAAUGCUAUGCAAAACACUAGCACCAAGGCAACAUUGUUUCCAUUGUACGGUCCGGCGGGUCUUUUUAAAUCAGUCGAACAUCAUCCUUUCUGUUGGGCUGUGCUUAAAGUAUGCAAUUCCAACACUACGCAUAGCUGUCCGUUUGAUGUGAUCACUUUCCAUCGUAAGGGCACCGGACGUUGGGCAUCGGAAGUAUUGAACGGUGGACGUCAAUUGUUUGAGGAUAUGCUGAAAAGCUUCCCGCACAUCGGUCGUCUUAACAUUGCCAACGAUGAAGCGGAUCCAAUAGCCGGAUGGUCUACCGCACGUCCAUUUCAGGCGGAUGUUCGCUACGCAGCUAUGGUGUUUUCGAUCGUCACUCAACACUGGUCCGCAAUUACUACAGGCGAUGCAUUUGGACGACGCUUGCUGUUUCUGUCGCAUGAUAAUGCCUUUCUAAGCUACUAUCCGUACGUGUUCGAGCAGCGUACACUGUUUGCCAGGUUCCAGAUGAAUCUUACCAAUCCGCCACAUGUGCAGUUUAUCGUAAAGCCGAUAUUUUCGGUUCUAGGAAUGCUUGCAAACUUAGCACCGUUAUCGGGACCAACCCAAUACUUGGAAGGGAACGUUUCUUAUGUAGUUUCGGUUGAUAGAAACCUAACAUAUUUAUGUCUCAUUGCAUCACGCUCGAAUGAUAGUUCCCCGAUGUGGGUCCAACGAUCGUAUUUCAAUGUAACAAUUUUCAACGAUAUGUUUCCCGUGGUUCGUUCUUCUUUUUCGAUGGUGCGACGCGCAAGUUUCCUGAUAGAAGCCGUGCAGGAUGGUCGCAAUGAUCCAUUUAAAUUGUGGCAGAUGCAAGGAAAACCACCCUUUCCGACAACAGAACAAUUGGCUGCUAUGCGUGAAAUACAGCUUCCAAGCGUUUUGCAUGGUGGAUCUAGGAAUAUAGAAUUUGGAAGAAUAUCUAGCAUGGCAAUAUCUUUAAACUUGCGCGGUCCGUGGAUUGUUAGCAUAAGGGUGUGCGGCGAAGAUCACACUACGCCGGGACGUGUGUACAAUGUGCGUAUUAGGGAGGUGUUUCGAGAGGAAGUUUUGAUUCAUUGGCAAUUAUCAACGGAAAAACAUCAUAAGCAUCGGUGUAUUCAAACGUAUGAAGUAUGGUAUAAAUCUGCAGCGGUAAAAGUUGUAGCAACUACAAACGGACUUAAACAACCUGGAAAACGCAGAUGGUUACACAUAAACAUGUUGAAACAUACUCCUUUUAAGUUUUAUCAAUAUGCAAGCAACAGUAGCUUUCAUGCAGGAAACCAAAACAAGGAAGUAGCAUCCGGAGUAAUAGGAUAUUACAAAGUUCGCGCUGUGGAUUUGUUUGGUCGGAGAGGAUCUUUUUCAAAGAUUGUGUAUUACGAUGGACGUGGCGGCGAAACUUGAACAGGUAAAUCGUUGAACCCUUUACGGCUCUGGAUCCAGUUAGGGAUUUUCUCUAUCGGAAAUUCUGGUGUUCCGUUAUCUGUCGAGUUAUCCUACAAAACAAAACAAAAUCGUCCUUUCGUCUUUCAAAUCAUUUUCGUCUUUAUUUUAUCAUGUACAAUAUCUGCUUUACAUAGCGUUUCAAUGAUUUACUUAAAUUUAUUACUUCUGCUUUGGUUGUUUGUAUCUUUUUUAGUGAUCAUUAGCAUAUUAUAUUUGCUUCAUUGUUUA